UAGGAAUCAAUUUUACAAGUCAGUGGAAUCCACACUACCAACACCAUUGCAAAUUACAAAACAUUUCCCCAACCUUCUAUGCUAAUGCCAAUUUGUCACACCUCCACCAAAGCAUAACAAUGCUCAAUUCCUCUUUCCUCUCCCUUUCUGAACACACCUUUUCCCACACACCCCAUCAUUUCCCAACAAGGUCUGCUUCUCAAAACCCCAACCUUCAUCCAAAGUUUCAAUCUUUAGCCUUUGGAAACCGUGGAGGGAGUGAAUUUCCAUCUGGGUCUUGCUCCAAUACCCCCAGAAGAAAAGGGGUGUUGGUUGUGCGGUCAAAGUCAACGCUGGGAGUAGAAGAAGUGGUGGUAAAGGGAGGAGGAGUGAAGGGUAAGGGUGAAGAGUUUGAUGCAAUUGUGAUAGGGUCUGGGAUUGGAGGGUUGGUUGCAGGGACACAGCUGGCAGUGAAGGGUGCCAGAGUUUUGGUUUUGGAGAAGUAUGUGAUUCCUGGUGGAAGCUCUGGGUUUUACCAGAGAGAUGGCUAUACUUUUGAUGUGGGGUCUUCUGUCAUGUUUGGUUUCAGUGAUAAGGGUAAUCUCAAUUUGAUAACUCAAGCGUUGGAAGCAGUUGGUUGUCGGAUGCAAGUGGUGCCUGAUCCAACAACCGUUCAUUUCCAUCUACCGAAUAACCUUUCUGUUCGAGUGCACAAAGAAUAUGAUAAAUUCAUUGAAGAACUGACCAGUUACUUUCCCCAUGAAAAGGAGGGUAUUCUUAAAUUCUACGGUGAAUGCUGGAAGAUUUUCAAUGCUCUGAAUUCAUUGGAAUUGAAGUCACUAGAAGAGCCACUCUACCUUUUUGGACAGUUUUUUCGGAGGCCGCUUGAAUGCUUGACCCUAGCCUAUUAUUUGCCUCAGAAUGCUGGAGCCAUAGCUCGGAAGUACAUUCAAGAUCCACAGUUGUUGUCUUUCAUAGAUGCAGAGUGUUUUAUAGUGAGCACAGUCAAUGCUUUGCAGACACCAAUGAUCAAUGCUGCCAUGGUUCUAUGUGACAGACAUUUUGGUGGGAUUAACUACCCUCUUGGGGGUGUUGGUGGGAUUGCAAAGUCCUUAGCAAAAGGUCUCGUUGAUCAGGGUAGCGAGAUAGUUUACAAAGCAAAUGUCACCAGUAUUAUAAUUGAGCAGGGCAAAGCUGUAGGUGUGAGGCUUUCAAAUGGCAGAGAGUUCUUUGCCAAAACUAUAAUAUCAAAUGCUACCAGAUGGGAUACAUUUGGAAAGUUACUGAAGGGCGUUCCACUUCCGAAAGAAGAAGAGAACUUCCAGAAAGUUUAUGUUAAAGCUCCAUCUUUUCUUUCAAUUCACAUGGGGGUUAAAGCUGAGGUUUUGCCGCCAGAUACAGACUGUCACCAUUUUGUGCUUGAGAGCAACUGGUCCAAAUUGGAGGAGCCAUAUGGAAGUAUCUUUCUAAGUAUACCAACUGUUCUUGAUUCAUCAUUGGCUCCUGAAGGCCGUCAUAUCCUUCAUAUAUUCACAACUUCUUCCAUGGAGGACUGGGAGGGUCUCUCAAGAGUAGAAUAUGAGGCAAAGAAGCAGCUUGUAGCAGAUGAAAUCACAAGCAGAUUAGAGAAUAAAUUGUUUCCUGGUCUUAGAUCAUCCAUUGAUUUUAUGGAGGUAGGGACACCUAAGACACACCGGCGAUACCUGGCUCGUGAUGAGGGAACUUAUGGUCCAAUGCCACGCAGAAUCCCAAAGGGGUUAUUGGGAAUGCCAUUCAAUACCACAGGCAUAGAUGGUCUUUACUGUGUUGGCGAUAGCUGCUUCCCUGGACAAGGUGUUAUUGCUGUAGCUUUCUCAGGAGUUAUGUGUGCUCAUCGAGUAGCUGCAGAUAUUGGGCUGGAGAAGAAGUCACCUGUGUUGGAUUCCAUGCUGCUUCGGUUGCUUGGUUGGUUAAGGACAAUGGCAUGAGAUAUAUAGGAGCAUUUGUUGGAUGCAGUAUCAUCAUCCCUUUUGCAUAAGAAGCUCAACUUUCAUUACAGCAUUGGUUCACUGCAGAUUUCUUCCACAAUUUUCAAGAGUCACCAAAUUGUCACAGUAUAUAGAUGCUGUUAGUUGCAAUUUGAUCCAUGCAGUGGCAGAGCUUGGAAAAAAUAAUUGAAGGGGCCAAAGUUUGAAGUGUAUAAAUUUAAUGCAAUAAUUUUGAUAAUAUCAUGUCUUAUAGGUGUUUUCUUUCCCCUUGCUGAAGGAUAUCAUGUCUUACAGGUGAUUUAAGUAAUUGAUGGUAAUAUUUAAAUAUUAAAUAUUUACUUAAUUUUCUUUUUGCAA